GCCACUUUGCCUCUUGUUGUUUCCUUUUACUUUGCUAGUAUUCCACAAUGACGUACCAACAUCAAGAUACCCUUCAGAAACUUCCAAUUCCCGAUUUGAACCAAACAUGUACAAACUACUUGAAAGUGUUGAAACCAUUGCAAACUGAAGCAGAACACCAACAAACCGUAGAAGCAGUUGAAUCAUUUCUCAAAUCUGGCGUCGGUCCCUAUUUAGACUCGGAAUUGCGAGCAUUCGCCAAGAACCGUGCCAGUUACAUUGAACAGUUUUGGUAUGACGCUUAUUUGAACUACGAUUCCCCCGUGGUGUUGAACUUGAACCCGUUCUUCUUACUUGAAGACGAUCCAUUCACUAACGAAAACAGUCCAUUUGACCCACAAGUUAAACGAGCCACUUCUUUGACUUUAUCGUCAUUGAAAUUCAUUCAAGCUUUAAAGAAUGAAACAUUGUCGGUGGAUACAGUGAGAGGGGGGAAACCAAUGUGUAUGUACCAAUACACUAAAUUAUUUGGUGCUUCAAGAAUACCUACCCAAGAAGGUUGUCAAAUGCAAAGUGACCCUUCCUCCAAUCACAUUGUUGUCAUGUCCAAGUCCCAAUUCUACUGGUUUGACGUGUUGGACUCGAAAAACAAUGUUAUUUUAAGUGAAUCGGAAUUGAAUAUCAAUUUCAAGUCCAUCAUUUACGAUUCCUUGCACACUCCUUUAAACGAAAUUGCCAAAUCUUCCUUUGGGGUAUUGACUACUGAAAAUAGAAGAAUUUGGGCUCACGUUAGAAACGACGUCAUUAGUCAUAAUCAAAUCAAUAGUGAGAUUUUAUCGAUUAUUGAUUCAGCAUUGUUUGUGUUGUGUCUUGAUGACAUUGCCAUUAAUGAUUUGAGUGAAUUGUCGAAAAAUAUGCUUUGUGGAUUGAGUAUUUUGGAUAAAGGUGUGCAAAUUGGUACUUGUACCAACAGAUGGUAUGAUAAGUUGCAAAUCAUCAUUACUAAAAAUGGUAAAGCUGGUAUUAAUUUCGAACAUACUGGUGUUGAUGGUCAUACUGUGUUGCGAUUUGUCUCCGAUAUUUAUACCGAUUCCAUUUUAAGAUUCGCCAAUACUAUUAACAACAAUGCCCCUUCAUUAUGGAAUACUACUACUAAUUUCGAAUAUGAAGAAGAAGAUUUGAUUACUGUUCCUAGAAAAUUAGAAUGGGAUUUAACUCCAGAACUUUCACUCACUUUAAGAUUCGGAGAAACUAGAUUAUCUGACUUGAUCAAUCAAAAUGAAUUCCGUCAUUUAGAAUUUGAAAAUUACGGUUCAACUCAAAUUAAAAAGAUGAAAUUCUCCCCUGAUGCAUUUGUACAAAUGGCAUUCCAAGCAACUUAUUAUGCCCUUUAUGGUAAAGUUGAAUGUACUUAUGAACCAGCCAUGACUAAGCAAUUUUUCCAUGGUAGAACCGAAGCUAUUAGAACCGUGUCUCAAGAAUCAAACUUGUUUGUGAGAAAGUUCUUUGAUGCCAGUGUUUCCGCUCAGGAAAAAUUGGACUACUUGGAUGCCGCGUGUAAGGCUCAUUCUGCACAAACCAGAUUAUGUUCACAAGGACAAGGGGUUGAUCGUCAUUUGUACGCUUUGUUCUGUCUUUGGAGAAGAUACUUGGCCGAAAUUGAAGAUGAAGAAAAUACUCAGAAUGGAGGCGCUGCCGAAAACGAUAAUAUGUCUGAUGAUACCACAUUUGUGGCCACUCAUCACCCUAAGGAUUUAAAUGAUAGAUUACGUAACAUCCCUGAUCUUUUCGCUGAUUCCGGGUGGGAUAAGUUAAAUAACACCAUUAUUUCCACAUCCAACUGUGGUAAUCCUUCCCUUCGUCUUUUCGGAUUUGGUCCGGUUUCAGCCAAUGGAUUUGGAUUAGGUUAUAUCAUCAAGGAUGAUUCUAUUUCUAUUUGUGCAUCUUCCAAACAUAGACAAACCCAAAGAUUCUUGACCACAUUGAAAUCAUAUCUUUUAGAAAUUAGAAACAUGCACCGAGAAUUGAAACAAAGAAAGAAGGUUGCUGCUGCUGUUGCCGCCGAAGCCGCUGCCAAGGCCAUUCCAGUCAUUGUUGAACCAUCUCCAUCUCACCUUAACUCAUUGUUAGGAGGAUACGGCUAUUUCGACAUGGGUGAAGACGAUAUCAAGAGUAUGGGUGAAGUUCCAGAGCCACCAUUCUUGAAUAGACAAGCUAGUGGUUCUUCUCCAGGUGUUGGAUUCUCAAUCAGAGAAAUUGGAAAGAAAUUGAGAUUGAGUGAAUACUAACCUUAUUUAUUGUUUAUUUAUAUUAUUUAUUAUAUGAUGUUGAAAGCAAAAGUGAACAAAAAAAAAGGC